AUGUCUACCGAAGACAAGUACGACACCUUGGAGAAGAUUGGCCAUGGAUCAUUCGGUAUCAUUCGCAAGGUCCGCCGCAAGGCCGACGGCUUCAUCAUGUGCCGCAAGGAGAUCUCCUACCAGCGCAUGUCCCAGAAGGAGCGCGAGCAGCUCCACGCCGAGUUCCAGAUUCUAUCCCACCUUCGACACACGAACAUUGUUGCCUACUACCACCGAGAGCAUCUUAAGCUGAGCCAGGACCUUCACCUGUACAUGGAAUAUUGUGGGAAUGGCGACCUGGGGCGUGUGAUCAAGGACCUGCAGCACAAGGGGCAACGCGCUCCAGAGAACUUUGUCUGGAGUGUUUUCACCCAGCUCAGUCUCGCGCUGUACCGUUGCCACUAUGGUGUCAAUCCUCCCGAGGUAGGCACCAAUGUACUCGGUCUCACGCAGGGCACGACACAUGGCGCCCCCAAAGUACCCGCGGGUACCAUGACUAUCCUGCACCGUGACUUGAAACCAGAGAACGUCUUUCUCGACGAAGACAACUCUGUCAAACUCGGGGACUUUGGUCUUUCGAAGAUGAUCAAGUCCCACGACUUUGCUUCGACAUAUGUCGGCACGCCUUUCUACAUGUCGCCCGAGAUCUGCGCGGCCGAGAAGUACACAUUGAAAUCCGACAUUUGGUCAUUAGGCUGCAUCAUCUACGAACUCUGCUCUCGCGAGCCCCCCUUCAACGCCAAGACCCAUUUCCAGCUGGUGCAGAAGAUCAAGGAGGGCAAAGUCGCGCCUCUUCCUGAGAUGUACUCGGCAGAGCUGAACGCCGUGAUCAAGGACUGCUUGCGCGUGAAUGCCGAUCGACGGCCUGAUACGGCGCAAUUGCUCAACCUGCCUGUGGUGAAGUUGAUGCGCAAGGAGAAGGAGGUCGCAGACUACAACAAGAAGCUCAAGGCUAGGGAGGAGGCCGUGGCUAAACAUGCGAAGGAGGUCGAAGAGGCCACCGCCAACCUCGAGCGCGAACGAGCCGCCAUGCGAGAGGAAAUUGACUCGGCGUUGCGUCGGGAAUGGGAGGUCAAGGCCCGUCUGGAGAUCGACCGUCUGGUGCAGGAACACAUUGAAACGCUGAACAAACAGUUCGAGACGGAGGUGGCGGCGCGAGCAGAAGAGCUGGCCAGAGCUAUGGCCCCCGUGGCCCCUGAAGAGCCGAAAACAGAGCCGCCUCCAAUGGCAUCUCCAGUUGGCAGGUCACUGCAUCCGCAAUCCUCACUGAGCACUGCCGCGAGCGAAGAUUUCCCAUCAACAACCGACUUUACGGAUUACUCACUCGAAAGUCCCGAUACAUCGAAAGAGAAGGAGCCUAAGAAGGGUGCAAGGACCCCAUUCGGACGCGCACAAACCAUGUUCGCAGGUGCUGGCACACCAAUGGACGUCGAGAUGGCAUCACCAAGCCCUAUCGCUAUCGCAUCUUUGUCACUUUCGCCCCGUCGCGCGGGUGCGACCAAAGUGCCGGCUAUGCCCGAGGGCAACAUCUUUGGCGCCAAGAACUCCAAGGGGGCAAACUGGACUAUGCCAGAUGAGCCGACGAUCGAAGAGUCAGACGAUGAAGAGAUUGUCCCCUCACCGACACGAAACAUCCGAUCUAGCAAAAAUCCCUUCACAGCUAGGGAUCGCCCAGUGCUGACGACACAAAAGACAUGCCCGAUCAACAUCAACCGGCUCAAGCCGCAGACUUCCACAUGUGGUCUCGUGUCCAAGAUGGGGCAGGCCCAAAUAUCUGAGCCCGCACCUCGCUCGCCUAACAGGCGGCUGAGCAAGAUCCCGUCAAAGGCGAACCUCAGUGGUGAAGCCAAUGCUCACAGCGCGCUCUCACGUAAGCAAUCGCAGAACCGAAAGGAGAAGACGCAGGAUGCUGAGGCUUUGGGUAAAGUCGCAGUCAAGAACAACGUCAGGGGACGCACUCUUGUGGAACUCUCACAAGCUCGUGCUGGAGGGCGACCUGUGCCGACGGGACCCGAGAACAGUGGUUACCUCACGAGUCCCAAGCGCCGCGUGGCGGGCGAGCGGAGGGAUAGCAACGGCGAGCCAGUGGCUACUUGGGACCCGGAGAGAGAUGAGAUGCCGAGUCCAUUCUUGGUGCGUCAACGCAGAGCUAAGGCUUAG